AAUUUGAAGAUACAGCAAAGAAAGGAAGGUGGCAAGAUGUUGUUUUUCAUUUGAUGCCUCUCUCUCUCUCUCUCUGAAUGUAAUGUAAAAACCAAGGCAAAGACAUAGCCCAUUUCCCUCUCUCCUCCUUCCUUCCUGGUUACCUACUACUGAAAACUCCAUCCCAUCCCACCACCAUUUCAUUUUUCUUCUUCUCCCUUUCUCUUAACUCGUUUAACCUCAGGAGAGGGCCUAGAAGCCAAGCUUGGGACAGCAUUCCCAACAACAUUUCUCUGCCUUCUACAUUGGGAGUUUUUUCAUUUGGGCUACCUCAACUGUCGGUUAAUCUAAGGAGAGGAACUCUGGGAACUGCAUACACUGUUUUCAUUUUAUCAUCAACGCCCAUUUAUUCACUCAUCCGGUAACUGAGUUUGCUACAUUCAUCAGAAGGUACUACUUAUUCAGCAACGUUUUUUUGCUUCUUUGUAUAUUAGAGGAAAAGGAAAUGGCGCCUGAUCUAAACACAACACUUUCCAAGAAGACGUUUGUUUUUGGUAUGAAGGUAUGGGUAUUUACUGGAGUCCUGGUGGGGGUGUUUAUUGUAAUAGUCCUUGUGGUGCUAUCAAUAUGUGUUACUUCAAGAAGAAAGUCUAGAAGGGUAAGUGGCAUGCUUCCUCUCAGCCGUAUUUCCAUUGCAUCAAAGGAAAUAAAGGAGAUUGGGGUGGAUCAUGUUUCAGCAAUCCAGCAGGGCCCCCGCCCCCAUGAUGGAAUUGAAACGGAAUCAGAAAAGGUUCUGCUAUAUUCAAACAAGGCCUACGAUUACAGCAUAUCAGGCUCAGAUGAUCACACAGAGAUAUAUGCUAUUGGUUCUGGAGAAGGAAGCAAGGAAGCAAGUGCUUUGCAUAGACCCUCAGAUUCAAUACCACCGGACACUUCGCCACUGGCUGGUCUGCCGGAUUUCUCGCAACUGGGAUGGGGUCACUGGUUCACCUUAAGAGAUCUGGAACUUGCAACAAUGCAUUUUUCAAACGAUAAUAUAAUUGGGGAGGGAGGAUAUGGAGUUGUCUAUCGAGGUCAACUUAUCAAUGGGACACCUGUGGCUGUCAAAAAGCUUCUAAAUGUAGGACAAGCGGAAAGGGAAUUCAGAGUGGAAGUAGAAGCGUUUGGGCAUGUGAGGCAUAAGAACCUAGUUAGGCUGCUGGGAUACUGCAUUGAAGGAACACACAGGAUAUUAGUAUAUGAGUAUGUGGACAAUGGAAAUCUAGAGCAGUGGCUUCACGGAGCUUUAAGCCAGUAUGGAUAUCUCACUUGGGAAGCCCGAAUCAAAAUUCUCCUUGGUACUGCUAAGGCGCUGGCAUAUUUGCACGAGGCAAUUGAACCAAAAAUUGUACAUCGAGAUAUCAAGGCAAGCAACAUAUUGAUCGAUGAUGAGUUUAAUGCAAAGCUAUCAGACUUUGGGCUAGCCAAAUUACUCGGUGCUGGGAAGAGUCACAUUACCACCAGAGUUAUGGGAACGUUUGGAUAUGUGGCACCAGAAUAUGCCAAAUCUGGGCUUCUAAACGAGAAAAGCGAUGUUUAUAGUUUUGGAGUGGUUCUUUUGGAAGCGAUUACUGGAAGAGACCCUGUUGAUUAUGGCCGCCCAACACAUGAGGUAAAUUUGGUAGAUUGGCUAAAGAUGAUGGUAGGAAGCAAACGAUCAGAAGAGGUGGUAGACCCAAAUAUAGAGAGAAAGCCAUCAGUUAGUGAACUAAAGCGAGCUCUUUUGACCGCUUUGAGGUGUGUGGAUCCAGAUUCUGAUAAGAGGCCUAAGAUGAGCCAAGUGGCCCGCAUGCUCAACUCCGAGGAAAAUCCAAUUCCUCGACAGGACCGGAGACCCAGAAAGGGCCAUGCUACUGCGACCAAAAUGGAGUCUGGGAAACAGGAGAGAGGACCCAGAAGACACAAAUAAGAUAACAGACAAUGAGACUUUCAAGUGUGAAAGAAUGAAUAGAUGCAAAAAAUAGAAGCUUGUAAGUUUCAAACUUCCAAAUUCUCUGUUGGGAUUGGUCACUCAAGUAGAGCUAGCAGGGAAGAGAAAUGAUUUGGAGGUGUUCCCAAUCAUUGUGUUAAUGUACAGUUCCACAAUUGCAUUGAUGGC